CGCAACUAUAUCCCGAUCCUGAUCCUUCCCGUGUUCUUUCCUUCUCCUUUCCUUGUCCUCUCGUCCUCUCCUGUGCUCUCAUCGUAGUCCUCGUCAAGUCAUCUGUUCCAGUGCAACUCUGCAAAAGAUGGGUAAUGGGGCCAAAGCAGCGCAGCGCCGCGAGCGCAAGGCAGCGGACGAGAAGAAGGGUGGUGGAAGUCAGCUGAAGAGCAACGCUGCCGCCCAGACCAUCAAAUGCAAGGUCUGCUUCCAGACGUUUCAGUCCACUUCUAAACCGGCCGCCCUUCAGGAGCACGUCAAUAACAAGCAUGAGAAGAAGACGUACGCAGACUGUUUCUGAGCACGUUUCGAGUUGGAGCAGCUAUUUGCGGCGCUCGUUAUGAAGGGUAUGAGCGAUCGAGCUCGUAAUGAUUUGCGUCCCAUUCGUUACCUGGAACAUUAAGCGGCAUUGGACAGCGAGGGAGUAUGGCGAAGAACCGAAAAAAGAACCAAAAUCAUAAAAAAAGGACAAAAAUAGAAAAGAGAGAGGUGUAACACCACUAGUAUGAGAAUGCUUAUUCUGAGAGUACAAGAUGAACUCUUGCCACGAUAUUGGCAUCGCGUUCGAUCCGCACGCCGAUC